UGAAAACACAUGCAUACAGUACGAAACAUGCUUGAUGCAGAAUAAACGACAUCGCCUUUAUUGUCUUUAAAAUAAAGGCACAAUCUCUACAGGAGACACGUUAUGGACAUUUUAACUUGAUUGAAGUUUGGUUACUACGACUGUACGAGAAACGUGUGGAAUCACUGCUGGAACAUUCACUUUAUGAAGUAUACUGCCUGCCGUGCAGACUGUGUGAAAUGGCAUCUCCCGUAGAGUCUGCUGUGGUGAAGAGUGUUGUGCUUGUUGCUCCAGUCACUGCACUGGAAUUCUUAGGGGAGGAUUUCCUUUUGACAGGUGAGGGACCAAUCCUCUCCGCCUACAAUCUUCAAGCAUCUCCUAAGAAAUGUGCAUCUAUAAAUGUUCUCCAAAACUACCGCAUCCAUGGGAUACGCCCUUAUAAAAAACAUCAGUCUGGAGGAAUACCAUUUAGCGGUGCAAGCUCUGUUUCGGACAACAUCUACAAGGAGGAUAUAAUUGUUUUUGGAGGAAAAGGAGUUCGGCUUGUCAGCUUUGAUUGUGGAGGGCAGUGUCUGAAACUGAUUGGUCCUCUCUUGGAGCUGCAAGACUGGGUGCUGGACAUUCAUUACUUGAAAAGACAACCCCAUUCACUGUUAGGCAUAUCAUUGGCCCACAACGCCAUAAUGCUCCUAGAAGCAGAAUCUGGUAACAUUAUCUCCUUCAACUCAUGCAUAGAGACUUGUCUUCUUUACUCAGCACUUAUGGUUGGUCCAAAUUGGGACUCAGUAGUGCUGGUAGGUGGGACGGUCUUCAACCAGCUUGUUUUGUGGAGGCCCACUGGAACCAAGCUCAGUGGUCAGUCUCAAGUAGAGAGACGUCUACUGGGCCACAGUGGAGUCAUUUUCAGCCUUUGCUACCUUCAGGAAUCUGGAUGGCUUGCAUCUGCUUCAGAUGACCGCAGCGUUCGUUUGUGGAGCGUUGGCACAUUGGGUGGAGAUGCAGGUUGUGGAAAGGAAUCGCCAACAUGUCUUCGGGUGCUUUAUGGACAUCAAGCACGUGUCUUCUGUGUAAAGCUUACACCAAACCGUGUAUUUAGUGCAGGAGAAGAUGGGGCAUGCCUGCUCUGGGAAUGGGGAGGUGAAGGGAAGGUGGGAUGUGCAUUUAGAGGACAUAAGUCAGGUGGAGUGAGGGCUUUGGCUGUAAGCGAGGGAAGUAUAAGCUGUAGGGAGGGAUGGGUGGCUACUGGAGGUGGAGAUGGUGGAGUAAGAGUGUGGAGACUGGCCGAGGAUAAGAAAAGCAGUGAAGAAACUCAGGAAGAGACUCAGUUGGAUCUUGGGUUCAAAGGGCAAGGUUGUCCCAAAGUAGUACGAUUGGUGGGGGAGAGUGAAGCAAAUGCAAUUCUGGUCUGCACUGAUCAAGGAGAGGUGUGCUUAAGUCAAGGGGACACCUGGGAUGUCAUUUGGCAAGGGGGAUCUGAAUUCCAGUCCUAUUGUGUGAUGGAGAUUGCAAGCAUCCAAGUCCAGAAUUCGGAUUGCAUUGUCCAGGUAUGUGCAGUAGGUAACCUGAGCGGAGGAGUGCAGGUGUUUCUUGUUGGACAGCCAGGGGUGGGAGUCUUUCUAAGAGCUGGUGAAGGGAAAGUUCACUCCGUACUUUGGGUCAAGGGACUGUUUGGUGAGUUCGGGAAAGGGUGUCUUCUGGCAUCAGGCUCUGAGGGAUUGGUGUACCGAUGGACAAUAAAUGUCACUGAGGAUGAAUCAGGCCUGCAUAUAAAAGAAGAAGCUCUUCUUCCCUUCCUGCUGCCACCCUGUGCCAAACGCUGGUUGACCGCUGCAGUUACUCUGUCACAGAGAAAUGGGUUUUACCUGUGUGGUGACCGGAGAGGUUCAUUACUUCUUUACAUGGAAAGAGAAAAGAAUGACAGGAUAAAUGAAGGGCAAGAAAGCAGAAUAAACUCACAAGAUCAAGAAAUGGAGAACAGACAAAAUGAGCUUGUCCGUUCUCUGUCUCCCAUCAGCACUCUUUACGGAGUCCAUGGGAAGCAAGGUGUGACUUCGGUGUGCGAAUACCAGGACUUAUGCUACAGUACUGGUCGAGAUGGAUCUGUAAGAAUACUAACUGUUGCAGAGAGCACCCUGAAGGUGCGUAGAGUUCAGCGGGCUUGCAGAGGCAUGGACUGGCUGGAGAUGGUUCUGUUUUUGGGGUUGGAUGGACUAAAGGUGCAAGAAAGUAUGCUAAAUGAGACAAUCGCAAAGAGGAAGAAUGAUACAGAGAGAGAAAGCAUAGCCGAGGCUCGUUUUGCAAUGGUUGGCUUUCACUCUGUCCACUUUGUUAUAUGGGACCCUCAUCGACAAGAGAAGCUACUGUCAGUUACCUGCGGAGGGGGUCAUCGCUCCUGGGCCUUCAAACGCCCAAUAAGCACUCACAUAGAUACCCAGACACAAGCUCUCGACAAGGGUACUCUUGUUUUUAUCAAGCAAGGAGCUGUCAUGGCAUCACGUUCAUUAGUGUCCACAGACACCAGUGUGAAUGGACACACUUUGAAAGAGGGUCUACACGGACGAGGUAUCAGCUGUGUGUGUCACCUUGGUAGUUUGUCAAAGUCUGGAGACUUGUCAGAACUUUGGGAGGUUUUUGUUACUGGAGGGGAGGAUACCACAAUGGGUGUACUUGCCGUCUGUCCACAGAGUGGAAUUGUUAAGGUGCUCACGGUUCUAACGGAUCAUAUCUCAAUUGUUCGUGCACUGGCUGCAAUCAGAAGAGGAGACAUGAAUGAAAAAGAGAGAGAUAAUGGGAUGGAAACCUCUGUUCUCUCUUCUCUGGUGUUCUCUGCGGGUGGCCGGGCUCAACUGCAGUGUUACCGACUCCUCAUUCAUUUGGAUGAGCAACACAGUCAACCAAUCUGUCAAGUCACUCAGAUUGCUGGCCAUCGAUUAGAUGAGCAAUGGGAACGGAAGCGAAACCGACAUAAAACUGUCAAAAUGGACCCAGAGACGAGGUACAUGUCUAUUGCUGUAGUGCAGAACGAGAGUGAAGAAGUCCUGCUGGCUCUGGGGUGUAGUGAUGGUGCAGUGAGGCUCCUCAGUGUGAAUGAGAGCAGUAGGAGUGUUGAUGUGCUUUGGGAGUGUUUUUAUCAUCAGCGGUGUGUACUCAGUGUCGCCACCUACAAACUGGAGGACUCCCAGGGCAGAAAGCUUUUGUUGCUGUUCAGUGCCACUACAGAUGGUUGUAUAUCUGUGUGGGAUUUAACAGCAGUUUUGAACAGUAAGGCUAGUGUCAGCUGGCAGGGUCCGUCUGCCCCAUUCUUUUCCAUACCUGUUCAUCAAAGUGGAGUUAAUACGCUUGCCUUAUCACCAAGGAUAGAGAAGGGACAAACGGUAGAUAACGUUAUCUCUUUGGCCAGUGGUGGAGAUGACGGACAGCUGUCUCUACUGCACAUUAAGAUAGAUCAGGCUGAGCAGGAGAAUGGAGGUGCGUCUUUACAGCUGCUUUCUCAUUGGUCGAUACCCCUGGCACAUUCCUCCCCUCUCACUGGCUUAUGUUUAUUAAGCCCCACCUUCCUGGCUUCCACUUCACCUGACCAGCGCAUGUGUUUGUGGAGUGUGGAAAGUGACGGACUCCGCCCACUGAAGGUGCGGUUUUCACACAUCGCAGAUGCUGCUGGGUUGUGGGCAUGGCAUGGGAUGGGGCAAGAGGGAGGAGCGUGGAUUAUUGUUUGUGGGCAGGGCUUACAGUUGUUUCAGUUAACGGAAAGAGAAAUAGAUGAAGCCGAUAACAGGAGAGCAGAAAAAGAGGAGAGAAAGAAAGUGGUGUUUUUACAUCAUUCUUUAAGGACAUUACACUAAUGUUAUUUUAUGUGAUCUAUAAGAAUUUUAUCUGUAAAAUUUGAGAUUUUUAAAAAAUAAAGAUAUAUAAUAUUAAUUUAA